CGCAGGUAGCGAGUGCAGUUUGCAACAGUGGAGUGAUUAUUUGGGCAACUUGCAACAGACGCAUCGGUGAUGGAGGAUUUCACAGCGAAAAGAAGCGCAGACCGACGGCGAACACGAGCGUGGUUUUCAGACCCGCAGUGAAAAGGCGCGCUCGUGGGUUCCGUGUGUCUCGCGCUCCCGUGGAAACAAAGCGACACGAGCCGAAUGCGGUUUUCACUUUUUCUCCGGUUGCGUCUGUGUAGGUGGAGGCAGCUGCUGUCGCACUGUAGAUAACACACACACACACACACACACACACACAGUCUCAGGCCUGGUUUUAGGAAAGAUAAAAACACACCAGUGGAUUUAUUUUGUGUCGGAAAGACUAUUGUGCUGAUUGAACUACGACGACGAGGAUACAACGUCUCCAGUGUCGAGAUGGCAGCAGCGUGUGGACGACAGAGCUUCAACACGGGAGAGUGAAGCAGGGACCUGCAGCCAUGAAGACGCCGCCAUGUCGCACUGAUCAGGCAGUACCUUCACCCACAGCAUCAUGGUCAGAGUGAGCUCAGGAGCAGCAAUGCUCGCUCACCCUGGGGAAGAAUGGUUCACUCCACUAGCUUCCACCUCCCAGAGGCGAGGGACACUAACACCAGUCUCUGCUGCCUCUUUACGGGGCUGCUGAACUUCUCUGAGAGGCUGGUGAUGGAGAACGUCUCCAUGGUGAACGCGUCGCCGCCAGAGCCGGUCAUGCCCACAGCGGAGGCCUCAAAGACACCUCCGGGUGUCGGCCUACCUCUGCAGGUCUUCUUUUGCUUCGUCAUGGUUGCCAUCCUGCUGGUGGCUCUGCUGGGGAACGUGGUGGUUUGCCUGAUGGUGUACCAGAGGUCUGCCAUGCGCUCGGCCAUCAACAUCCUCCUAGCAAGCCUGGCGUUCGCAGACAUGAUGCUGGCCGUCCUGAACAUGCCCUUUGCUCUGGUGACCGUCGUGACCACCAACUGGAUUUUUGGAGACGCCUUCUGUCGCGUGUCAGCCAUGCUCUUUUGGUUUUUUGUCAUGGAAGGCGUGGCUGUACUGCUUAUAAUAAGCAUAGAUCGUUUUCUUAUUAUUGUCCAGAAGCAAGAUAAGCUGAGUCCACAGAGAGCCAAAGUGCUCAUCGUGGUCACAUGGGGACUGUCAUUCGUUUUCUCUUUCCCCUUGGCUGUUGGGUACCCUCUCCUGCAGAUCCCCCCCAGAGCCCCCCAGUGUGUGUUUGGCUACAGCACCGAGCCUGGCUACCAUGCCUACGUACUGAUCCUGUUGCUAGUUUUCUUCUUCAUGCCUUUCAUGGUCAUGCUGUACACGUUCAUGGGGAUCCUGAACACCAUCCGCCACAAUGCCAUCCGCAUCCACAGCCACCCAGACAGCAUCUGUCUAAGCCAGGCCAGCAAACUGGGUCUGCUGAGCCUCCAGAGGCCCUUCCAAAUGAACAUCGACAUGAGCUUCAAGACCCGUGCCUUCACCACCAUCCUCAUCCUCUUCUCCGUGUUUACAGUGUGCUGGGCACCUUUCACUGCCUACAGUUUGGUAUCGACCUUCAGCGACGGGUUCUACCACAAAGACAGUUUUUUCCAAGUCAGCACAUGGGUCCUGUGGCUGUGCUACCUCAAGUCGGCCCUCAACCCUCUUAUUUACUACUGGCGGAUCAAGAAGUUCCGCGACGCCUGCCUUGACCUGAUGCCCAAGUACUUCAAGUUCCUUCCUCAGCUGCCAGGAAACACCAAGAGGCGCAUACAGCCGAGUGCGGUGUACGUGUGCGGAGAGCAUCGAUCCGUGGUUUAAAGUCAAAGUCUACGCUCAAACCCUUCAGCACUGUUAAAAAAUACAUACAUUUACUUCUUUACCAGAUCUGGGUUUGCUGUUUAGUGCUUGUACCUCUAUUAGCAGGUGUCUCUUAACAGACUGAAAGUAGCAUUGCGUUAAAGGCAUGAGGCAGUGUUAACAACAAGCAACAAGCAGUUAGUUAGUGGAGUUCAAAUGGCAGAAUUUAAGAGAUUUCUUGAAUGCAUCUUGAAGCUACUUCUCGAAGCUUAACAUGCUGUAGAUCCUGCAGAAGGACCAGCGUCACCUAUGACCCAGCAAGCUAAAAACAACGAUUUUUUAAUGGACUUCUGUUUGCGAAACUCCACGUCUAAUAUCUAAUAUAAUUAUUCUGAGUUCUUUAUUUGGGUUAGGUUGCCCUGCCCUUUUUUUCGUCAACAUGUUUUAAUGCUUUGCUACUUUCAGUCGGUCUGAGGUUCAGAAACUGUCAGGGUGUGUGUCCAGACUCUCAGCAGGCCGUGGAAUAUCAGCGGGUCAGAGGCAACUGUCAGCGUCCACAUCAAAGACGCUUGGUGACCUGGUGAUGCCUUCACUUUUCAUUUGUCCCGGUGGUUGUUGCCCUGGUGACGUGGAGCUAUGUGAAGGACGCAGGAAGUAGUUUUGGAACGGAGCUGUACUUUGUUUUCUCUAAUAUUCAGGGGUCAACAUGAUGUGUCAUGGGUAUCUGAUGUAUCCAGCUGAUUGAUUUAUUUAUUUAUGUUGUUUUGGGUGUUAAAUUUCAGGGUGUAAAAACACUUGAAGUCCGGUUACUUAAGGCCUGGGACACACUGGAUGCAUGUUUUCCCCGGAACGUCCUGCAUUGGUUUCAUUGCCCGUGUUAUCAGCAGGGAUGGCGCAAUAUCACUUUUUCAUGUCUGAUACCGACAAUACAGCCUCGGGUAUCUACCAAUAUUGAUAUCAGUCUGAUCCAGUCAUUCUUAGACACUUUAAAUAUAUAAUUCUCCCAUUACAUCACUGCUCCCAUUGAGAAGUAAAGAACUAAACUUGACUUUAUUUACACUUUUAUAGUAGGAUCUUCACAUUGUAUUGGAGUUUACAUUUGUAUCUUUUCGACAUGCGAUCCAGUGACUUUGACCAGUGUCAGACCAAUACUGAUACUGAGUUAUCAGCAGGGAGAAGCUGAUAUGAUUUAAUAUUUGGUAUUAGACCGAUACUGCCUGUGUCAGUCAGUGUGUGAGGCACAGAGCGGAGGCACAGCUCAUCGCUGCCUCACCUCACUGUUCUCCUGUGUAUUUGAACAGGAAAUGCAUAAAUUCAGCGAUUUUGACCAUAGGAAUGUUUUUAUCAUUCAGAAAACUACGCCUCCCCUGACCAAACGUCACUUCUUUACGUCUUUACGUACGCAGUAUAAAAACAUGAGGCUCAAAUGCCAGGUGCGUGCAAUAUACGUUAAUAAUAUGUGGCUUUCAAAAGAGAGUCGACUGUGGAUGUUGACUUAGAUAUUUUGUUUUCCAUUUUUGCUACAAAGCCUGUGAUAGUGCUAGCACAUCAAAGUUAGAGCCUCAUCUUUGUGCCCUAUGGCAACUAUAGAGGUCUAGCUUUGUUAAACUAAAUACACUGAGUCAUGGAAGUUAGGUCCAAGUUAUGGAAAUAUUUUGAAAAUGAAUAAGUGAAGUUUGACAGUUGGGAUAUUGCUUAAAGGCAUAAUUGGUAUCGGUCGAUACUCAUGGUUAUGAUAUCAGCAUCAGACACAACAAAGUGGUAUUGAGCCAUCUCUGUUUAUCACAUUAAAGCAGCUCAUGUGAGUCGUGCUGCUUUUCUUCAUACACAGUGAAUUUUUCUUGCCCUAUAUAAAAUAUUUGAAGAUAAUCCUUUACCUCAGUUUCAUGUAUGCCUCAAGACAAAUAUAUGAUCAACACCUUGUAUAACAACACAUCCUUUGUCUUUACAAGGCUAUAGUGAAAUAUAGGGCUGCGACAAUUAUUAGACCGUUUGAUUAAUUUGAUCAUCAGUGAAUCGGUGUGAGUAAUAAUUCAAAUUUGUUUUGCUCCAUGUAACAAAGAAACCAUUCAAACUGAAUAAGACAUUUAAGAAUGCCGUCAUUUUGAGGGUUGAAAAACCAUAUUUUUGACAUCGUAUUGGCCAAACAACCAAUGUAGAAGUGAUUAACAGAUGAAUCAAUUAUGAAAACAAUAAAUAUUAUAGGACUGGCUUCACACUGGAGUCACACGUCUACUUAAUAUUUAUGGUCAUUUGUAAAAAGCAAACAUGGAGCUGACUCAGUCGCAGCUCAGAUGCACGUGAGACUCAGCAGGUCAGCGACGCCUCACACACACAUCCAGUGGAGCCCAGGUGUUGUUGGAUCGUGAGGAUUCUCAGUUGCUCGGGUCAUCGAGAAGUAGCAACUCUGUUUUAAUCUCAUCCUAAAAAUAACCGACACGUUUGUCUUUGAUUUAGUACCUUUACAAAAACAAGGAUACAGGGAGAGAAAAGAACAGCACCUGCUUCAGUCAGAGGGUGUUUGAAGGCUUCUCUGGUGCCAAAAUACAAGGAGCCAUACAAGAUGUUUCUCUGAAGUGUUGUUGUAUGUGUGUGUACAGGUGCUCACUCUCCCACACCAAAGUCCAUAGAAAUAAUCCAUGUUUUUAGCUCACGGGAACACAGCGAAGGGUUUCAAACUCCAGUCACAAAAUAACAAAAUUUCAGCUCACAGGCAGCAGUCGAUCAAAUCUCCCGUGUGCUGUGAUGUAAAAUCUGUGAUUUUCUGAGUAGACUUUGGUGUGAGUAGUGAGUGGAUUACAAAGAAACGCAAACUUCCGUCUCCAGUCAGAAAACCCCCACGGAUUCAUAAAAGUCUCUUUAAAUGAUCAUUCUUGUGCAGGUGCGUCGCAGAUCUACACAUUAUCAAGUGUACAGUGCAUGUUAACUGCUUCAUCUCAUUGUUAGACGGCCUGUUUUACGACUGGAAGCUGAAGUUCACGUUGCUUUGUAAACCAAUCACGCUCCAAAGUCCACAGAGAUAAUCGAUGAUUUUAUAUCUUGGAUUACUGCAGUGGUUGAUCUGCUGCUGCUUCCAUAUAUUACAUUCAUAUAUCAUAUUCAAAUGUUCUCAUAUGUAAAAUGGCACAAACUAACCAAACAGCAGCUCCUGUGUCCCUGUGUGAAUGAUUUAUAAAGUGACAAUAUGAAAAGGCUGUUUGAUGGCAACAUAAAGUGGCAAAAAUACUCUGAAGAUUGUGUACACUUGAGGUGUGUGUUUUAUUUGCGGAGUCUUUUGCUAAGUGGCUAAAAUCACUUUUUCUUUGUCAUGUUUUCAUCUCAGACUCACAGACCACAUGGCCUAUUAUUCAAUACCAAGUUAUAAUGAGUUAUUUAUAGUUUAUUUUUUAAAUUAAUUGGUUAAAUAUAAAGCCUUUAUUGUGAACUGUAUGUCAAAACAGGCUUUUAUUUUGAAAUCUAUCCGUGAAAUAUUGUCACAAAUAUUGGUAUUGCGACCAUGAAGGAUUAUUGUGAUACAAAUUUAGGAUUAUAUCGCCCACCCUUACCUGUGAACACUUGACCGGCCCCUUGAUGCUCAUUGGCUCAGGCUCCUGAUCUAAAGCAGUGCUGCACACACACACUGUGCUAGGACCUCAUACAACCACACUUCUGAGGAAAAAAAACAAACUGAACUACCCCUUUAAUACAGUUUACAUGUUCAAAAUGCUCCCUGAUAUCAGGAAACAUCUAUUCAAAGUGUGAAAGUAUUUUGUUUAAGACGCAUUUUUACUAAACCCAGUCCUUAGCGAUUACUCCACGGACCAGAAUGCAUUGCAGCCUCAUUUAAUGCCAAGAAUACAGUCAGUCAUGGGAUAAAACUUCUGUUAUCUCUUUAUUAUGAAGGCUCUUUUUUCCACUUAACCACAGACAGCGCUGUGUUCCUGCCAACGAUAUAAUCUCAUUACGAGUAAUAAGAAAAGAAAAGAUGUGAAGUGAAGGAAACCACUUUAAUAACUGCUGGAAUGCACUGAGAGGCACGCCACGUGCACAAGUUGAUUUAUUCCUUUAAUGUUGAGCUAAAGAAAGCCAGGUGCUGUCGGGUUUGACUUGAUCACGACCUCUUUAACUCGCCACAGGAAGUGGCGUUUUGUCGUCGAGGGAGCGUUUGUUUUUGUUGGGUUUUCUUUAGCUGUGUAGAAGUUAUUUUACAAAGCAUGUAAAUUAAGAGCUUCAAUGGAUAUUUGAAUGUGGUCUGAAAAUGACCCGUGACAAAGUUGAACCUGUUUUGGAUUUCAAUGUUUUUUGGGUUUUUUGGAUGUGCCUAUAUUGAUUAGUCCAACUUUGCCAGUCAGAAUGCUGCUAUCAUCUGGUGAAAAUGUGCAAUUUCAGUGUACUGUACUGUUGAAUGUAAUAAAGAAAUACACAUUUCUUACCUUGGUAA